AGGACAUGUACUUCAAUCCACAUGAUAAUACAUGUGUUGCUGACAUUAUGGAGUGCCCAUGCUACUUGAAUGGAUCGGUGUACAGACCUGGUGACAAGACACCAUCACUUUUACCAAUGAAACAACAAGAAUGUAUCUGCAGUGGAGCUGACAUCAAGUGUUCAGGAAUUUCAGUUCAUCAAAAAGAGCUGUGCAUUCAAGAAGAAGAGUACACUUACUGCACAAAUAAUAACACUGGAAAGAUAUGUGAGCCAAGCUGUGAGAACCAGAUCUACAAACAGAUGCCCUGCACGGAAGUAUGUGAAGAAGGCUGCAUAUGCAAGCCAGGCCUGGUUCGAAGCCCAGAAGGUAACUGCAUUAACAAGACCCAGUGUCCAUGCAUACAUGAGGGCCAGUUAUAUUCUUCAAAAGAGGUCAUUCAGAGUGAUUGCAAUGUGUGUACUUGCCAAUCGGGGAUUAUAAAUUGCACCACAAAGGACUGCAGAAAGCUUUGUUUCGCCUAUGGAGAGUCACAAUAUGUUCUUUAUGAUAACAUUUGGUUGGAAUAUGAAAGUAACAAUUGUGAAAUACUGCUGACUGAAUCACUGCCACAUGCCACUAAAAUACCCUUCAGAGUUGGAGUGAAAAAUGUGUGCAAUCGUUUUGGAGGAUCCAUCUGCAGAAAGCUUAUUAACAUUACAGUUGGAGGUGAUUCUCUAAUACUGGAUAAUGUGGAUAAGAUAACAUCCCACUCUGAAGAGCCAAAUUAUCCAUUCCGAAUUUCGCAUGUUGGCUUCUAUAUUAUUGUAGAAACUGCAGUAGGCCUGACAGUAUAUUGGGAUUUACACCUGCAAGUGUUGGUUCAGAUUAAAGAUGAACUCAUGAAACUUGUGCAAGGCUUUUGUGGAGAGGGAGAUGAAUCAGUGUCAACUCAUCUUAACAACAUAAAAAUGCUCGGCACAGAAUAUGGCAAACAAUGGGUUACAUCAAUGUGCAAACCUCAAAUUGUGAAAAUGCCACUAACACAGAGUAUCAGUUAUGCAGAGACUCACUGCAAACAGCUACUGAGUGAUGUGUUUUCUCCUUGUCACCAAAAGAUUAAUGUUGAACAAUAUUAUAAGUCCUGCAAGUCAACAACUUCCAAGUGCUACAAAGGAGAAGACCAACAGUGCUUCUGCAAUGCUAUUGCUGCAUAUAGCCAAGCAUGUUGUCGACAAGGAAUUAUCAUCCACUGGAGGAAUGCAGACAAUUGUCCAUCUCAUUGUGAAUAUUAUAACAGAGUACAUGGAAGCGACCCACAUUUCAUCAACAACAUGAACGGUCUGACCAUUUCCAUAGAUUUUGUCAACAAAAGACUGUUACUUGAAAAGUACAACAAUACAAGAGUACUCCAGAUGAGCUUUUUGUUCACCCCAGCCCUCUACAAAGCUAUUUCCAAUUCAGAUAAAUAUAUGUCACUGGAAUCCGUGAAAUAUCCUAACUACUUUGUCCGUUACUUUGACAAUGGGACUAUUACUUUGGAGAAAUGGCAGAUGGGUGAUCUGUUUCGAAAGCAAGCUUCAUUUCUUGUCCAUAAGAAUAGGUGGUUUGCCAAAUACAAUGCAUUUGAAUCGUUUACCUCACGACAAGAAUUCCUCUUUGCCAAUCCAAAUGGAAUUAUAUCAAUGGAAAAAUAUGAUGUCAGAAAAAGGAUGGCCAUGAGUUUCAAGACGACAGAGUGUGACUUUGCAAUACCGGAGUACACCUUAUGUGAAUGGGUAUAUAGGCCUUGUGAAAGUCCCUGUUUAAAGACCUGCCAGGAUCCACUUGGAAGUAAAUGCACUCUAUCGGUAAAGAUUGAAGGUUGCUUCCCACAUUGUGCAGAAGACAAAGUGCUUGAUGAAACAACAUACAGAUGUGUCCGUUUGGAUGAAUGUACCUCACCAGCAACAGGACAUUCAAGGCUUCCAGGAGUUCCUCUGAUGGAAUUUAUACCACCAUUAACCAAUACUGAAACCAAAAUUCUUGAUACCAUCACUGAUAACACCAGUAUGCUCACUUCUGAAACAAUGGGCACCAACAAUACAACCAAUUCUGAAAUAAUACUCCAGCAAAUAAAUACAGCUACACAUGAAAUUAGAGCCACAUCUAAUGAUACUAUGAAUCCUAAAACUAUGAACAUCCAGACCAAUACAACUACUAAUAAGCCUGGACUCAGUGACAUCAACACAAUGGUUUCGGAAACAUUUAGCAACCAAUUCAACACAGCUGAGACAUUAGAUACCCACAAUUAUACAAUUGCUCUUAAGACAAUGGACACUAAAAACAGUACAGCUGCUCCUGAAACCCUGUCCACCCAGACCAAUUUAAAUGUACCUAAAAGUGUGUACACACAAUACAAUUCAAUCACUGCUGAAGUUUGGGGUAACCUCACAAAUGCAAGUACUCAUGAGGCUGGGGAUACCAACAUCAAAAAAUUGGUUCAUGAUACAUUUAACAUCCAAUUAAAUGCAACAUUUCCUGAAACAUUGGUCAACCACAACACUGCAAACAAUUUGAAAAAAAUAAACAUGAACACCAGUACAACUGCUGCUGAGAAAAUAAGCACCAACAGCAAUAAAUUUGCUCUUGAAACUAUGUCCAGGCCAAUCAAUAUACUUGAUCCUGAAACUAUGACGACCCAGAUCAACACAACUGCUCCUGAAACACUGUCUAUUCAAACCAAUAUAAUUGCUCCUGAAACUACAGCAAUCCAGAUCAAUACAUCUGCUCCGGAAACUAUGUCAAGGCUAACCAAUACAGCAGCUCCUGAAACUAUGGCAACAUGGGUUAACACAGCUACUCCUGAGACUACGACCUCUCAAAUUAAUACAAGUGCUCUUGUAACUAUGUCCAUUCGCACCCAUACAAUUACCCCUGCAACUAAGGUGACCCAGAUCAAUACAAUUACUUCUGAAACUAUGACCACCCAGAUUAAUACAAUUGCUCCUGAAACCACAUUGACCCGAAUCAAUACAAUCGCUCCUGAAACCAUGUUGACCCAGAUCAAUACAACCGCUCCUGAAACCACAUUGACCCAGAUCAAUACAACCGCACCUGAAACCAUGUUGACCCAGAUCAAUACAACCGCUCCUGAAAUCACAUUGACCCAAAUCAAUACAACCACUCCUGAAACCAUGUUAACCCAGAUCAAUACAAUCGCUCCUGAAACCACAUUGACCCAGAUCAAUACAACCGCACCUGCAGAUCAAUACAACCGCUCCUGA